GUAUCCACACAUAAGUGUUGUAAUUUAAUUUUAGUUUACACUUGAUCAGCAGUAGAGGCGUGUAUUGAACACUUCGAUUGUUCGUCUAUCUCUAUUUCGAUUAGAUUAUUAUUGGCGUCUUGAUUUAAUUCACGACAGUAGGAAAGAAAAUAGAAAGAAAUUCGGUUAAGUUCGUUGUAACCGGUGGAAAAUAAAUUUUCUUUUUGAAUCAGCAACCAUGUCAUCAACUAAAAACAUCAACGACAAUGCAAACGAACAUGGUGCUUUCGUUCGACAAGAAUCGAAAAUGAGAAACAACAUCAGCAAAAACGGUCCAUACCCUCCAGAAGCCAACCGUUAUCAUCUGUACGUUAACUACAUCUGCCCUUGGGCUCAUCGUACACUAAUCGUACGGAAUUUGAAAGGUCUUCAAUCGGUGAUUAGCGUGUCUGUACUACACUGGUGUUUGGAUAAUGACGGAUGGACGUUUAAGAAUGAAGACGGCUGCACGCCGGAUCAUAUCAACAACUUUACAUUUUUGAGGGAGCUCUAUUUCCAGACCGAUCCAAAUUAUUCGGACCGAUUCACUGUACCCGUUCUGUAUGACAAAAAGACGAAAACAAUUGUGAACAACGAGAGCUCUGAAAUUGUUCGCUUUCUCAACAGUGAGUUUAACGAAUUCGCUAACAUUCCGGAACUGGACCUCUACCCAGCGGCAUUGCGGCCAAGAAUCGACGAACUGAAUCAGAUCAUUUACGAUGGGAUCAAUAACGGUGUGUACAAAACGGGAUUUGCUACCGCACAGGCAGUGUACGAGGAAAAUGCCAGACUGGUCUAUGAAACUCUGCUGAAGGUAGAGGCAAUCCUGGGCGAAAAUAAAUUUUUAUGUGGAGACGUUAUGACGGAAGCGGACGUGCGACUAUUUCCGAGCGCUAUACGAUUCGAUCCGGUGUACUACAGUCACUUUAAAUGUAACUUGAUUGCUGUGAGAGAGCUGCCUAACCUUUGUCGCUGGACGAAGAUGAUGUACGAGAUGCCAUUGAUUAAAGAGACUGUUAAGAUGGACCAUAUAAAGAAGGGGUAUUACAAGUCACCGUCAAAGCUUAAUCCGACCGGCAUCGUUCCAUUGUAUAAUGGGCCUUUUGUUAACUAAGGCAAAAGAUUUUUAUUUUUUAUAUUGAAAGAUUAAAUAGAAUUUGAUCAGUUUGUGUAGCUUGAGUCACCAGAGUUAUCGUUGAAUCUAUUACUUCUUUUGAUUCAAGUUCAAUAUUGAAACAAAAUCUUUUACUUCGUUAGUUUAACCAUCAAUUUUACGAUAAAUGACUGUGUUAGCCGGCGUUGAAUAUUGUCGUCGCUGUCGAUAACAGAUGAGAUGCGUUUACGAUAUUCUUACAAUUUAUUUUCUAUAUAAAAUAUAUUAUCACAAAAA